AUGAAAAACCAGAAUGUGGUUGUGCCUGAUGCCAAACAAGGUAUUGAUAUCACCAUCGCAAUGGCCCUGUCCAAGUCUCUGUUUUCACCUGUUGUGCCCAAGCCAUUACCUGCUGCUCCUGGUGGCUAUUUCACAAUAACCCGAAAGCGGUUCACAAAGAAGACAGAAACUGGAGGCAAAAUCAAUUCCUGGGUUGAUUCUAUGAGAGACUCUUCACCUAGCCGAGUCAAAUCCACUACUCCUUUAUCAGAAACCGAGGACAAAAAUUCUUGGAUAGUAAAUCAUCCUUCUGCUUUGAACAUGUUCGAGCAAAUAGUGAAUCGCUCAAAGGGAAAGCAGAUUGUGAUGUUUCUUGAUUAUGAUGGUACACUGUCUCCCAUCGUUGAAGAUCCUGACAGAGCAUUCAUGACCAGUGAGAUGAGAGAAGCUCUGAGGGACGUUGCCAGACACUUUCCCACAGCUAUAGUGACGGGAAGGUGUAGAGAUAAGGUGCACAGCUUUGUAAGAUUGACAGGGCUGUACUACGCUGGUAGCCAUGGCAUGGACAUCAAAGGACCGUCUAAAAAUAGUUGCAAAUACAAAAAAGGCUAUCAAGGUGUAUUCUUUCAACCUGCCAGUGAAUUUUUACCCAUGAUCGAUGAGGUGUACAAUGUUAUGUUGGAGAGAACAAAAUCUAUCCCAGGAGCCAAAGUAGAAAACAACAAAUUUUGUGUAUCCGUACACUUUCGUUGUGUUGAGGAAAAGAUGUGGGCUAAACUAGUAGAGCAAGUUAGAUCAAUUCUCAAUGAUUAUCCAAAGCUUAGAUUAACUCAAGGGAGGAAGGUUCUAGAGAUCAGACCCACCAUUAAAUGGGACAAGGGCAAAGCUCUUGAAUUCUUGUUAGAAUCAUUAGGAUAUGCCAAUUCUACUGAUGCUUUACCAGUCUAUAUUGGAGACGAUCGAACUGAUGAGGAUGCAUUCAAGGUUCUGAGAAACAGGGGACAAGGGCUCGGGAUUCUCGUUUCUAAAGUUCCCAAGGAAACAAAUGCCUCUUAUUCUCUACAAGAGCCAACAGAGGUUAAAGACUUUUUAAGGCGUUUGGUAGAGUGGAAGCGAUCAUCGUUACAAGGACCAUGUAGAGUGUAA